GACCUUGAGGAUGACCGCGGGUAUCGGUGGCCGAGCCAGAACAGUGGUUCAGUGGCUGGAGUUUUGCGGCAGCAGUGAUGAGAGACGGUGACUGGGGCCCUCACUCGCUUGGGGAUGAGAGGGAGUGUGUCACGGGUGGCGCCACGACCAUAGUGCAGCAAGGUCACUGAUCUGACGGAGUAGUGGUGAGCCUGCUGUGUUUUCAUGUCAGCGCGGGGCGGCAUGGUGCGGCAGGGAGACACGAAGGGGUGCAUACUGCUACAGGUAGUGAAUGAUAUGUUGGGGCACGAGGCUCAGUGCCUCCAGUGCCAGUGUACGCAGUGCAUGUCCUGAUCACAGCCAAGUGCAAUCAAUGGGUGAUUCAUUCAUUUAAGAAAUGAAGGUAAAUCAACACAAAGUGGGACUGCUGGUGGUGUUGCUUGUGUCAGCAGUGUUCCUGUGUUACUCCCUACUGAGUCAUGAGCUGCCUAGCAUGCACUUAAAACCUGCCAGCAGUGUUUGGAGGUUUUGGAACCCUCCUCGGCAACACCACACGGUGAUAUCAAACAGUACAACAUUGGGAGAUAGAAAAAUAUAUUACACUUUUUCGCCUCAACGAAACACCACUGCUCCUGCAACUGUUCACCGCAAACACCAAGUAAACAGGAAAAAUCUCCGGCGUCUCACAACACUGUGUGUAGGAGACGCCCAGCAAAGAAACGCUUCGCAGCAGGUCAAGCCGACAACCUGCCGCCUGCUGGAGCAACGGGCCAGGGUGGUUCAAGAGGUGUGUCGCCGCCAACACGUUCAGCAGGCGCCGCCAGGCACUGACAGGUCUCACGACGGUGAUGAGCCAGGGAAUUACGUAGAGUACGUGUCGCGCAAACAUAUUUACCUGCUGCGGCGUGCCUUCACGCUUACUUGUGUCAUCAACAAAGUAGCCUCAACAACUUUAGCGUCCACUCUGAUGGCGGCCGAUGGACAGCCGUUGCCGUUGCCAUCAGGCACCUCCCCACACGUGGUGGCUGCAGAGACGCUCACGCCAAAGACAGACAAUGAAUUUGAGUUUGCAAGGAGGCACUUCUUCAAAUUCCUGCUAGUCAGACAUCCAUUCAGCCGCCUGUUGUCUGCUUACCGUGACAAGGUGGAGGCAGCACAACACUGGUCCCUGAAGCAACUGAGGGAGCACAUCUUUACAACUCUUGCUGAAGCAAACCUAACAAAGAGGAGACCAAAUAAAGACUCACAGAACAGUGGUGAUGACAUCCCCACUUUUAGAGACUUCCUGGAAUAUAUCCUUAUCAACAAAUGGACAGGAGGAGGGUUUGACUCACACUGGGCACCCUAUUGGCACCUGUGCUCCCCAUGCUUUAUCCAGUAUGAUGCAGUGGCCAAAUUGGAGACUGCACACACUGAUCUCAAGUACAUUUGGCACCACAUGAGGUUAAAGGAGCCAGUGCCGUGGAUCAAUCGGUCAAGUCAGAACAGCACCAGUGGCAGCACCAUCAACCAUUACUACCAGGGUCUAAGUCCAGAUCUCAUUGCCCGAGUGUACCACCAUUAUAGCCUGGACUUUAAGAUGUUCCAGUAUGACAUUCUAGAUGUUGUCAGGGAAGGGGGCCACUGCCACAUGCAAGACUGUUCAGACAUGGUUCCUUUCUUCUCCUAGCAAAGGUUUUGUCAUGUAUGAAUAUAUGGUAAAUGAACAAAUGUGAUCACAGUUAUAUGUACAUUUAAAAGUAAAUGUCUUUGGCACCAGAAACAAAUAUUAAAAUGAAAAUGUCUUUGG